AUGAAACGCCCUUUUAUUUUACUGUUUGUCUGUUUUUCUGUCGCCAUAUCAAAUGAAUUUGAAGUAAGUUUUUUUUUUGAUUUUCCUAUUAUUUUAUUAUUUUUUUUGUAAAAAAAUUGUUUUCCUAAUUAAAAAUUUUUUUUGCUUUUUCAACAAUUUUUUUUCUUUUUAAUCCAACAAUUUCAAAAAAAAACUUUCAAAAUAAGUUUUUCAGUCCUCCAAAGUCCAUCACAUAUCCGCCGAAGCCAAGCCCCCGCUCAACCGUCCCACUGAAUAUCAAACCGAAGAACAGCGCCUGCUCUACCACCUCAUGAGAACCUACGAACGCUCGGUUCGACCGGUCCGGAAUGCCUCGACCACCAUUACGGUCAAACUGGGGAUGACGCUCACCAACAUUUUUGAUAUUGUAAAUUUUUUUAUUUCUUAUUUAUCUUUUUUUAUUAUUUUUUUAUUUUCAAAAUUUAUUUUAGGAUGAAAAAAGCCAAGUUCUGACGAUAAACGUGUGGCUGGAUCAAGAGUGGAAGGACGAGUUACUGGCUUGGGAGCCCAAACAGUUCAGUGGAAUUACUUCGAUCCGAUUGCCUUGUGACACAAUCUGGCUACCGGAUAUCUUGUUGUAUAACAAGUGAGAGUUUACUUUUCAUCACAGGAGAAGUCAUUUUGCUAAUGCAAAAAACCUCAAAAUUUUAGCUCGCGCUUUAUAUACGCUCUCAAAAUAUCAGACUUUCGGGAAAAUCGCAGUGUAAUUGGACAUCCCCUUUUUUCGAUUAGGCAAACAAUUUUUGAAAAUCCUUUUCUGGCUAAAUCUUAGCGAAUUUUGGUCGGAAAGAAUUUUUUUGAGCUCCACAAAUCUUUCAAGUUCUUUUGCGGAAAAAAUAUAAAAUUUUCGACAUUUUUUCUGACAAGGAAAGUACUUCUAUGGGGUGUGGAAUUACCGGUCGAGAUAUAUAUCAAAAAAUUCGCAAAAAUUUUCUGAUUCAGAAUAUAUAUAAAUUAGCUGCCUAAUUUUGGUCUGAUGACAUGUUUUUGUCCUCAGAAGUUUUCUCGCGACACCAUGCAAGUGUCUUUUUGACCGUCUUUUUACCAAUAAAAAAAUUUUUAUUUGUGCUAAAAUAAAUUUUGAGGCCUUGACAUGCCUUAAAAUAUCAAAUUGGAUUACAACUACACCUUAAAAGUAGUUCCAAUGUAGAAAAUGGGUUCUAGUGUGGCAAAAAGAAUCGAACCCGUCCCCUUCGGAUUCCCAAUCUAGCGCUCUAACCACUCGGCCACACCGCUCUCUUCCGAAGGAAGAGACCGAGCUCGCUUUUGUUGCCGCAGAUUUUUUCCUCGAGAAAUACAUUUAUCGAUAAAACUCGUUAAUAGACCAAAAUUAGGCAGCUAAUUUUUAUAUAUUCUGAAUCAGAAAAUUUUUGCGAAUUUUUUGAUAUAUAUCUUGACCGGUAAUUCCACACCCCAUAGAAGUACUUUCCUUGUGAGAUAUUGAAGGUCGAACAGCAAAAUUUUAGCAAAUUUUUUGACAGAUCCGAUUAUCAUUCUCUCCGAGACCCUCCAUUUUAAAAAAAUUUCCAUAUCCGUAAAUUUCAAUUUUUUUAUUUUAUUUCCUAUACUAAUCCUUCCAUUUUCAGUGCCGACGACUUUACCAGUGGCUACAUGCGUUCCCGAGCGAUGGUUUUCUACGACGGCACGGUCUUCUGGCCCCCUCCAACCCGCCUCCGAUCCCUCUGUAAAAUCGACGUCACUUAUUUCCCUUUCGAUGACCAAUUAUGUAUCCUCAAGUUCGGCUCCUGGUCCUAUCAUGGGUUCCAAUUGGAUCUAACGAAUCGAUCGACCAAUAUCGACCUCACAAAUUACGUGGAAUCGGGGGAAUUCGAGCUGGUGAGAGUUCAUCAAAAGCGGAGAGUGGUCAAAUAUUCUUGUUGUAAGUCAGGAAGCCAGCUGUACAUGUGGUUUUUUUUGAAUUUCGAACGUUUCCGGAGGAGCUUAUUUUAUUAUUUUUUUUUUUGAUUUGUAUUUGCAUUUUUGAGUGUUGGCUGGGAAAAGUUUACGUUAAAAAAUUUUUGAAAAAAUCACGGAACGUAGCCCAAAUUUAGAUUAUAAUAUUUUUCGAUGAAAUUUGUACCUUGCGCUUGGCCGAAAACGCUGAGAAUUUUUUUAUGUCAAAGGUUGGCAAAAAAUUACUGAUGUAUACUACAUAUUACAAUAUAUACAUUUUUUUUUCUUUUUGGGAAUAAAAAAAUCAUAAUCUGCUUCAAGUCAGAAGUCUAAUAUCAGUCUGUCGGAGAAAUAAUCAGCGCUCUGUCGCAUCGAAAAUCGCAUCAUAGCCGAGAAAAUGAAUUGUGUCGCGACAAAAUUAAAUUUUUUUUUAACUUCAGUGACUUGGUUGGCGCAGCGACUGAACGGUCACUAUUUUCCCGACAGACUGAUAACAUUUUUAUGAGAAAUCAUUUUUUUCCCGAGCAGAGCUUGCCAGGAAAGCGCCGAAUUUUUUUGUCUGACCGUCUCUCCUCAUUUUACGUACUCUCUUGUCUGCAAAGAACGUUGGAUAUCAUUCCCUUCUAAGGCGCGAGCUAAAAUUUUAAGGAAUUGAUAUGUGGCUUUGGAGGAUCAUUCGUGCAAAAUUGUAGGAAAAUCCGAGAGUUGGAAGAUCUCUUUUGGAGUUUUCGGUUCAUGAAUCAGUAAAAAAUCACAAAAUGCUCGCACUACUUUCAGUUCCACUAGAUAUGCAAAGACUGUUGAAUAUUUUGCCUACGGACUCUCGAAAAGAGCGCCAUUCCUCAAAAAAAUCAAAAAAUUAUACAAUACACGGGAUAUUCUCCAUGUACGACAUACCUACAGUAACCAGUACAAUAUUUUGGCCUAAAAAACACAAAUACGAUUAAAAAAGUUUUCUUGUCAUCAACAUUAUUUUGAAAAAGCAAUGUUCUGUGGCGCGUAUUUUACUCUGUUUUUUCUAUUCUCUUCCAAUUUCAGGUGACGAGCCCUAUCCGGAUAUUACUUUUUACAUUCACGUGAGACGGAAGGCAAGUUCCAUUUUUUUUAAAUUGAACAAAAAAAUUUUUUAGACCCUAUUCUACAUUCACAACAUUGUCUUUCCCUGUGUGAUGAUGUCUGUUCUCACAUUAUUAGUCUUCUACCUGCCUCCAGAUUCUGGAGAAAAAGUUGGGCUCGGCAUUACUGUAUUACUGGCGUUCUCGGUAAGUGUGUAAACAUUUUUGAGAUUGCGAAAAAGUUUUAUUUCAUCUUUGACCUCCUGUCUUUGAAGUGUUAACUUUUGAACCUUGACUUCCAAACUUUUUAUUUCUAAAUCAAUUUUUUGGAAAAUUUUCGUCUACGGCCAUGGCUCAACAAUCACAUUUUUUCCACGGUUUGCAUAAUCCGCCUUGCAAGGCCACUUAUCAGAUUUUCCAAAUUUUAGCUCUCUGUUUACAGCAGUAGCCAAAAUAUACAGGUGAUUUUUCGGAGCGAGAUACUGUGAAAAAAGAAGAGAAGUGGCGAGAGAAAAAAAUUUGUUGCCUUUGCUUUGCGAAUUUCGUGUGGAAAUUGCUUUUCCUUUCAAAAAAAAUCAUUCAAAAAUAUCGAUUUUUCCGAGAAUUUCGACUUAAAAAUCACAAUAAUGAUUUCUGUAAAACGCAAGAUAAAAAUGUUUAACAAGGAAAGUACUUCUAUGGGGUAUGGAGUUACAGGUCGAGUCAUAUAUCAAAAAAUUCGCAAAAAUUUUCUGAUUCAGAAUAUACAAAGAUUAGCUGCCUAAUUUUGGUCUAUCAACGAGUUUUAUCAAUAAAUGUAUUUCUCGAGGAAAAAAAUCUGCGGCAACAAAAGCGCGCUCGGUCUCUUCCUUCGAAAGAGAGAGGUGUGGCCGAGUGGUUAGAGCGAUAGAUUGGGAAUCCGAGGGGAACGGGUUCGAUUCCUUUUGCCACAGAACCCAUUUUUUACAUUGGAACUACUUUUUAAGGUGUAGUUGUAAUCCAAUUUGAUAUUUUAAGGCUUGUCAAGGCCUCAGAAUUUAUUUUAGCACAACACAAAAUUUUUUUAUUGGUGAAAACACGGUCAAAAAGACACUUGCAUAGUAUCACGAGAAAACUUCUGAGGACAAAAACAUGUCAUCAGACCAAAAUUAGGCAGCUAAUUUUUAUAUAUUCUGAAUCAGAAAAUUUUUGCGAAUUUUUUGAUAUAUAUCUCGACCGGUAAUUCCACACCCCAUAGAAGUACUUUCCUUGUAAAAAAAUCUUUCUUAUCCCGAAAAUCUCAAUUCUUUCAGGUCUUUGUUCUCGCCGUAGCCGAGAAGAUGCCCGAGACCUCGGAGUCCUUACCUCUAAUCGGCAUUUACCUCACCACCAUCAUGUUUCUUACCUCAAUUUCGGUCGUAAUGACCGUAUUGGUCCUCAAUUUCCAUCAUCGCGGCUUCAUGAAUGAAGAGGUUCCGGAAUGGAUCGACGAACUUUUUCUGAACAAACUCCGGCGAUUCGUUCGAAUGAAGAAACGAAGAUCCAGUAUUCUGACGAAAGCUGCUGCACCGUGCAAUAAUAAAACGAGCCGCCGCCGUCCAACCAUCAUCAGUAUGAAUGGGGUGAAUAAAAUGGAUUAUGAGCUGGUCCCGAAUGGCGUGGACAAGGAGGAAGAGCACGAGAAUAACAAUCAUAACAUGGCGUUGAGCCAUCGAAUGCCCGAUAAGCUGAAUGUGGUGGAACAGACGAUUCUAACGUCACUGCAGGUGGGUCGGCAAGGUGUUUACUGUAGGCUAAAAUUUAGUUUUGCAAUUAUUAGAUUUUUUUCGGAUUUUUUGGUAGGGACACCUGAAGUGCGACUUCAGAGUAAAAAUUUGACGUUUUACUCCGAGUCCGAGGCAUUGCAUUUUUACGAAAAAAAAUAAAUUUUUUUCGUGAGAAGAGGUAUAGGAAAAAAAAGAUUUUUUUUGUCUAGCCGACUCUCUUCAUUUUGCAUACUCUCUCGCAAAAAUAUAGCGGAUUAUCUUCGCCGCCCAUGCAAAGCUCAAGCUGAAAUUUUCUAUGAUUGAUAUAUGAAGCACACAGAGUUUGGAUGUAAUGCAAAUUUGGGGGUUCGUUUGUGAGGACUAUGUACAUAUAUUUCCUGUAGGGGUUUUCGGUACAAAUGUCGGGCGAUUGGCGGGAAAAAAUCGAAGAAAAACAGUCAUUGAUUACAAGAUGGACGACAAAUUUUUUUGAGAUGUCUGGAAUGAGAAUUUAUGCCAUUUUGAACACUCAACAUACCAUGGGCUCCUUUACAAGCUAGCAAGACAGAAGGCCAAAAAUUGGCGGAAAUUGCCAUUUUUUGAAUUUCGAUUCUACUUUUAUCUGUCUCAUAGGCAAAAAUGGAGUAUUUAUGACCUGGAAAAACUAACUUAAACUUGUCGGAGUUCAAUAUCCACCUCUAGCCACUAUUUUUUAUAUUACUUUAGCCUUCAAUUACCAAAAAAUGUUUCAGGAGCUCCUCCAACAACAGCGUUAUCAAUUCCAACAAGAGACUCGAGCGGAGAAAUGGCGGAUGGUUGCGGAAGUCAUCGAUCGUCUGCUUUUUCACAUUUUCCUCGUCUCGACCCUACUAAUUACAGUGAUUAUGUUGCUCAUGAUACCCUUAUACAGACGUCUGUUCUAUGACGACCAAUUCGAUGAGAAGUUGUUUGGUCGGAUGUAA